AUGCACUAAGAAUUAAAUUGUCCUCGUUGUGAGAUUGCAUUUGACAUCUAUGAUCGUACACCAUAAAUGCUACCAAAAUGCGGUCAUUCUAUGUGCAUGCAAUGUCUUCGUGAGCAAACCAAGAUAAUCUGUCCUGAAGACGGGUAAAGCAGUAGCUCUAAUUUCUAAGAAUUGUCUAGCCACAAGAUCUGAAUCUCUACCCCGUCAAUCAGGCCAUUUUGAAAAUAAUCAACAAGUCUAGUCUCAAGAACUCACAAAUCGAUUCUACUGAGUUGGGCGAAACAGUGAGACUCUCUAAAUGCGAGAAUUUCUUUGAAAUCAUGGAAUCUACAUCUCUCUGUAAAGAACACAACAAGAAGAUCGAAUUAGUGUGUCUGGAAGAUCACAAUAAAAUCUGUGUCAAUUGUGCUUUGUUUGGUGGUCACAAGCAUCACAAUGUUAGAAACAUCGAUGUAAUUCAAAUCUAUUUAAAAAUAGGAAGUCAUUUCAGAAAUCUAGCAUUCCCUCGAAGAAACUGUAGAUCUGAUGCAACAAAUACAAUCCAAAAUUAAAUCCCUCAAAUAACCAAUUAUUAACAAAAAGAUACGCGACUAAAUACGAGUUUGUAUCAAGCAACAACAAUCCCAGGCUGAAGAAUAAUUCAAAGUACCCUUAUAUCGCUAUAAAAAUCUAAGGAAAUGAUAACUCAAUUAAUGAUGAAAUAACGAAAAGUAGUCGAAGAGAUUGAGCAAAAAUACAAAUAAGUAGAAGAUCAACUAAUAAAACGAGAACAACAGUAUGUCAAUCAAGUAGUCGAAAAAGCAGACUUAUGGAUGUUAGCGUAAUUCCUCAUCUUUAUAGUGCAUAGUUCUCAAGAACGGAUCAAUUAGUUCGCCUCCUUAACUGAAAAAGGGGAAAUCGCCUUCUUCCUUCUCUAGAAAGACACUUCUAAUACUCAGGCAAAAUAAAUUAUAGAGGAAUUGGAGGAUUUCAUGAAGAAAUUUCAAACCAGAUUGCAAGAGGUUACUCAAGGUUAAGUUACUCCUUAGGUGCACUUGAGUAAAGAAUUAAUGGGAAAUUUUGAAUACAAUUAUCCUCAAGUACAAUAAUCAUUUUUUGACGAUCCAAAUAUCUUGAGAGAUGUUUCAAUGAUUGAUCAAAGUUUUUUAAAGGACAUUGAUGACAAACCUCCUCAUAAUGAAUUUUUGACUCAUAAUUUAUUAAAUCCUCAACCUUUAUAUCAAUCUCAAUCUGCUCUCCAAUCAUAACCUUCAUCCAACAACAUUUCAUAAAAUACCAUAAGUCCUAAUCAUGAGAAGAAAUCAUCACAAAACGAAACACUAAUAUCUCCGAAAUUAAGAAGACAAUCUUCAAUGUCUCCAAAAAGACCCACAAAAAAGAAGUUUAAUACUAAAGUCGAAUCCAUUUUAUUAAAUUGCAAUGGAGACACCUUAGACCUCUCUUAAUAAGGUAAUACAUCCUUCUAUAACCUGUAGAUUUGGGAGAUGAUGGAAUGAUUCUCUUGGAAGAAUUUAUCAAAAAUAAGAAGCUUAAGAUCCUGAAAUUGAUGCGAAACAAGAUCAGUGACACUGGAGCAUCAAAAUUACUAGAAAUACAUUGCCAAACAUUGCAUUUGUAAUCCAAUGUGAUUACGGAAAGGUUCCUGGAUUUAAUUUACUAAUUAAUAUAAAAACAGACCUAAAUUCAUAUUAAAACCAUCUAUUUGGGCUAAAAUCUAAUGAAUUUAUUUAGAGUAAAGAAAAAAAUAGAGGAUUUAAAGAAGUUAGGCAUAACUAUUUAAAUAUGA